GGUGUUCUGUGGCCUCGUCUCAGCGAACGGUGAGUCCUAAUCUCUUGCAUUUGCAAGCGCCGUGAAUUCGACUAUAGUUUGCAAAGCAGCCACUGCAAUAAGAGAUAAAUAGUAGCGUUCUAGAAUUGUAUAUGGGAAUUUCCAAUCUAUACCUCUGUGAUCUGUGUGUGGCCUCUUCUUCUCCGAGCGGUUCGGUGUACGAAAGUUCUUAACAGCAGCUAAUAAUUUCUCCUGUUUUUUUAUAUUAUUUAACGUUUUUAAAAUAUGGAUCGUGACCUGGAUUUAUUAUAUAGUGUUAAUAGAGAUCAGUCGGACUUGGAAUUCGAUUUGAACAUACCACGUAGGUAUAUUCGAGAUAUGGACAAUCCCUUAGAGAAAUUUACUGAAGCCGAUUUUAGAAAACGCUUUCGUUUCUCUAAGGAAAUUGUCCAAAAUGUUUUGUUGCCAUUAGUCGGACACCAGCGGGAACAAAUCACAAAUCGAGGCCUUCCGGUUCCUUUGAUUAUAGGUUUACUGCUAACCCUGCAAUUUUACGGUAGUGGUAGUUUACGGAUAAUAUGUGGGGAGUUGAAAGGAUUCCACCAGUCCACAGUGAGCCGUGUAAUAACUAAAGUCACGCGAAGCAUCUAUGAACAAAGCCGAAAUUAUAUAAAAUUUCCAGAGAACUUGAAUACAGUCCAAACACAAUUCCAAACAAUUCGAAACUUUCCAAACGUUAUUGGGUGUAUUGGUUGCGCGCAAAUUCCCAUUAUGAGUCCAGGAGGGCCAAAUGCUGAGCUUUUUCGAAAUGGAAAACGAUCAUUUUCACUCAACGUACAGAUAGUCGCUGGACCCGAUUUGGAAAUUUAUGACAUCGUUGCCACAAAUCCAGGAAGCUAUCGUAAUGAUCAUGUUUUUAACAAAAGCGCUGUUAAAACGCGGUUCGAAAAAAAACAGCUUCCAGGGUACUUGCUAGGUGAUUCUGGGUAUCCAUCUCUAACAUACCUCCUGACCCCAUUUCGAGAUCCAUGCACCAACGAAGAAAAGCGAUAUAACGAAGCUCAUGCUCAGAUAAGGAAUAUUGUGGACCGGACGUUUGGAGUUUUAAGGCACAGAUUUUCUUGCUUGCGACGAUUGCUCAGACACAAACAUGAAACAAUUUGUUGUAUAAUUGUUGCCUGUGCAGUACUUCACAAUAUCUCAAUUGCACAUCGGGAGGUAGUUGAACCAGACGGUGAAGAUGGUGUCGAAGACUUAGCAGCAGCUGCAUCAGAUGCUACAACUGACAGUCAGUCAGGCCAGUUAGUGAGAGCUACUAUAUUACGCAAUCACUUCAGUCAAUUAUAAAAGCCAGUCUCUUUGUCGUUCACAAAUACAAAAAAUAAAAAAAUAUAAGUGUGUAAUUAAAUCAAGUUAUACAUAUGUAUAGCGCGAUUUUUCUGUAUGUAUACUUCUAUCUACUAGUAGAUUUUUUCUUCAUUUCAUAACAAUUUCAAGCAUGUAUGUCUUAGAGAUUAACGAGACCGCACUAGCGUUAUAAAUUUUUUACUGUUAUUGUGGAACGGAUAGUGUUAUUUAUAACGCAAAUAUAUUUUUGUCGUAUUUUUUUA